GUAGAGUAUUAGUUCGAAACACCUGUAGACGCUAGUAUGUAAUUGAAUAUAGAUUUCUGGUCAAUACUGAGGAAUGCAUGUUAUCAGAGAGUGGUGGGCAUGAAUCUGUCGGGCAGUGUGUCCGUGUGGUGUAGUGCGGGCCCCAUCAAUAUGUCUCUUUCGCCCUUGUGAAUGACCGGCCAAACAAAGGGAUUAUAUUUACUGCGAUUCUUCAAUUAUAGAUUAACCACUGCUCUAAAACAAAUAAAAAUAUUACAUCGAUAACUUCAUUUUGUUAGCCAUAGUUGUGCCAUAAUUUGAGUUUAUACGUAAACAAGUGCAAUAAAUUGAUAUCUGUGAUAAAAACUAUCAAUGCCAUAAUGACUCGUCGACAAAUUGAUGAUUUGUCCUCUAGUUCUUCGCCAUCAGUGGAAACGGAUCAUGGAAUGAUGUCUCCACUGCCUCCCCAAGCUUCUCCUGCCAACAGAUCUCCCAUAGGGGAUGAUCGCGGUUCACCAGCCAUGUUGGCAACUAUGACGCCGGUCAAUGUCAUGGAGCUCAAAAAGGAGAUGGAAGAAGAAAGUGCCAUGGGGAGACCCCCUUUAUACACUCAGGUAAAAACAGAAGUCUUGUAUGAAAAAGAUGACGAUAUUUAUGCUCAAGGGAUUGCUGAUAAGAACGAUACUCCGAUAGACUUAAUAUACGAGGAUGGUAAUAAAACUGUUAUUUACACAACAGCCCCAGACCAGAAAGGACUAGAAAUUUAUUCCGCGGAUAAUUCGGGAGAAAUAACUAUAAACAAUAUAAGUGCGCACCAAAUUCAUGGUCAACCAAUAUCAGAUGUCUUGAUUGAUAGUGGUACAAACGCUAUGGUAAACUCAAGUGGGGAGACUGUCGGCAGUCCUCCAGGAACAGUUUCAGUUGUUCUUCAAGGAAACGGCCAAGGACUUCUACAAUAUCCUCAAGCACAAGUACCUGGUACCACAGUUUUAGUACUCUCAGAGCUGGUAGAUGACGUAGGAGUUGUUCCAGUAGUAGGACUAAGGUAAGUCUUUGUUUACUGU